CAUUUUCACGAUGUUUUAUAAGUGCGUCAUAUAUCAUAUUCACAUUUUUGUUUUUGCUAUGAAGAGUCCUCCUACUAUCACUAUCAAUAUCUACCUCAUUCAAAUCAAUUCUUUCUCCAACAGUCCUCAACCCCAAACCUACACAGAACUUGACAUUUUCACUAAGGGUUAUGGAGGAGAAAAAAUAAUACAGGUGAAUGGGAGAUGAAAUGUGCGUGAUUGGGUUUGACUCUGGGAAGAAAAAAAAUCGCCUUGGAAACAGGAGGUUGGGAGCUGCAGUGACGAAAAAUAAACUGAAAUAAAUAAACAUUGCCACAUAGGAAGAUCGAGGUUAUGCUGCCAUCAAUGAAAACUAUCCAAAGUUGAUUUUAAUGUAAUGAGUCCGAAAGACGGAGCAUUUUGGAAGGCUGAACAAAGUGUUUUGAGACUUUUGAAGCAGUGUUCGAGCAUGAAGCAGUUGAAGGAGAUCCAGGGUCGUGCAGUCCAGAGUGGUUUCCAUAAGAGCCCGCUGGUGGUGGGAAAGAUCAUCGAGUUUUGCGCGGUUUCGGGCCACGGAGAUAUCAAUUACGCUGUCAGGGUUUUUGACAGAAUCGAUAAACCCGAUGUGUUUAUAAUGAACACCAUGAUCAGGGGCUUUGGGAUGGCUCGCCAACCAGAGAAAGCCAUUGACUUGUUCAAGACAAUGCUGCAGGGAAAAUGCGAUGUUGCAGCACUUGACACUUUCACAUUCUCUUUCAUUCUUAAAAUCAUUGCUGGAUUGAGAUCAGUUACCCUGGGAAAGCAACUGCAUUGCAACAUCCUUAAACUUGGACUCCAAACUCAUACUUACGUCAGGAAUUCUCUCAUGCACAUGUACGGUAUGGUGAAGGACAUAGAAACCGCUCACCACCUGUUCGAGGAAAUUCCAAAUGCAGAUUUAGUCGCUUGGAACUCUAUCAUAAAUUCUCACGUGCUUUGUCGGAAUUAUACACAAGCUCUCCAUCUGUUUGUUAAAAUGCUGCGGAGUGGCCUGCAACCGGAUCACGCCACUCUGGUAGUGACCCUUUCGGCGUGUGGUGCAAUAGGAGACCUCGAUUUUGGGAGGCGAAUUCAUUAUUCUCUUGUACAAAAACAUACCGAGCUUUGUGAGAAUAUAUCGGUCUCCAAUUCCCUAAUUGACAUGUAUGCAAAGUGUGGAGCAGUGGAAGAAGCCUACCACAUAUUUAGCAGCAUGAAAAGGAAGAAUGUGAUUUCAUGGAAUGUCAUGAUUCUCGGUCUUGCGUCACAUGGUAACGGAGAGGAAGCAUUAGCGCUUUUCACAGAGAUGUUACAGCAGAAUGUGGAGAGGCCGAAUGAUAUUACCUUCUUGGGGGUUCUAUGUGCUUGUAGCCAUGGAGGAUUGAUUGAUGAAGGUAGGCAAUAUAUUGAUAUUAUGGACCGAUAUUAUAACAUCCGACCCACAAUAAAGCACUAUGGGUGCAUGGUGGACCUCUUGGGUCGAGCUGGUUUAGUUGAUGAUGCAUACAAUUUGAUAAAGAAUAUGCCAGAGGAAUGCAAUGCAAUUGUAUGGAGGACUUUGUUAGCUGCGUGUCGACUUCAUGGAAAUGUUCAACUGGGUGAGAAGAUAAGGAACCAUCUGUUGGAAUUGGAACCUAAUGAUCAUAGCAGUGAUUAUGUUCUUCUUGCAAACGUGUAUGCUAGCAAUGGUCAAUGGAAUGAAAUGUCCAAAGAAAGAAGAUUAAUGCAACAAAGGCGAAUUCAGAAACCACAGCCUGGAAAUAGCUGCAUCGGCAUUCCUGGAUUGGCGUUGGAGAAAAGGACAAUUGAAACAUUGUUAUGAAACUAACAUUAACACUCAACAGAAUCAAUUGAAGGUUUGAACUGUCCAACUCAAUGAAGUUUUCACUA